AUGGGCCGUCUCCUGGGAGUGAGCUGCAUGCUCCUGCUUGCCCUGACUACGUUUGUGUCUUCAGCCUCUCUCGUUCCCGAGGACUACGCAGCCGAUGAGGCCGAACACAACACCAACGAUGUACUGUUCGAUGACUACCGUGGCAAAGGUUGUGUGGACGACAGCGGCUUUGUCUACAAGCUCGGCGAGCGCUUCUUUCCCGGCCACUCGAACUGCCCAUGUGUGUGCACCGAGGAUGGACCCGUGUGUGACCAGCCCGAGUGCCCCAAAAUCCACCCCAAAUGCACCAAGGUGGAGCACAACGGCUGCUGCCCCGAAUGCAAGGAGCUCAAGAACUUUUGCGAGUACAGAGCCAAGACGUACAAAAUACUGGAGGAGUUCAAGCCGUCUCCGUGCGAGUGGUGUCGCUGUGAACCGAACAGCGAAGUACACUGUGUGGUGGCUGACUGUGCCGUUCCUGAAUGUGUUAACCCGGUGUACGAACCAGAACAGUGCUGCCCUAUAUGUAAAAACGGUCCGAACUGCUACGCCGGAACGACGAUCAUCCCGGCCGGUAUUGAAGUGAAGGUGGACGACUGCACCAUCUGCCGCUGCCACAGUGGGGACUGGUGGAAACCGGCGCAGUGUCUGAGGCGCGAGUGUCUCAACGGCCAGACUUCAUAA